UGCCCCGCCCCUAGCCCGUUCUUCCCGUCCCGCCCGGCUCGACGCCAGGGGACGCUCGCGGGUCGGGUCUCCCAGGCAACCAGUUGCUCCGCCCCCUCCGCCCCUUUAACCUUUAGGGUGAGCGGUUCCGCGUCCCUCGCCCUCUCCCCUUUCCCCCUCCCCCUUCCCUAUCCCCUUCGCUCAGGCCUGUCCGAACCGGAAGCGAAGAUGGCGGCGGUGACUGCUGGCGCGGCUUCAGCCGAGCUGGUGAUCGGCUGGUGCAUAUUCGGCCUCUUACUACUGGCUAUUUUAGCGUUUUGCUGGAUAUAUGUUCGUAAAUACCAAAGUCAGAGAGAAAGUGAAGUUGUCUCCACCAUAACAGCGAUUUUUUCUCUAGCAAUUGCACUUAUCACAUCAGCACUUCUUCCAGUGGAUAUAUUUUUGGUUUCUUACAUGAAAAAUCAAAAUGGCACAUUUAAGGACUGGGCUAAUGCUAAUGUCAGCAAACAGAUUGAGGACACUGUAUUAUAUGGCUAUUAUACUUUAUAUUCUGUUAUAUUGUUCUGUGUGUUCUUCUGGAUUCCUUUUGUCUACUUCUACUAUGAAGAAAAGGAUGAUGAUGAUACUAGUAAAUGUACUCAAAUUAAAACAGCACUCAAGUACACUUUGGGAUUUGCUGUGAUUUGUGCACUUCUUCUUUUAGUUGGUGCUUUUGUUCCAUUGAAUGUUCCCCAUAAUAAAAAUUCUACAGAGUGGGAAAAAGUGAAGUUCCUAUUUGAAGAACUUGGAAGUAGUCAUGGCUUAGCUGCAUUGUCAUUUUCCAUUAGUUCUCUGACCUUGAUCGGAAUGUUGGCAGCUAUAACUUAUACAGCCUAUGGUAUGUCAGCAUUACCUUUAAAUCUAAUAAAAGGCACUAGAAGUGCUGCUUAUGAACGUUUAGAAAACACUGAAGACAUUGAAGAAGUGGAGCAACAUAUUCAGACGAUUAAAUCAAAAAGUAAAGAUGGUCGACCUUUGCCAGCAAGGGAUAAACGUGCCUUAAAGCAAUUUGAAGAAAGGUUACGAACACUUAGGAAAAGAGAGAGGCACUUAGAAUUCAUUGAAAACAGCUGGUGGACAAAAUUUUGUGGUGCUUUGCGUCCCCUGAAGAUCAUGUGGGGAAUAUUUUUCAUCUUAGUUGCAUUGCUGUUUGUAAUUUCUCUUUUCCUGUCAAAUUUAGAUAAAGCUCUUCAUUCAGCUGGAAUAGAUUCUGGUUUCAUAAUCUUUGGAGCUAACCUGAGUAAUCCACUGAAUAUGCUUUUGCCUUUACUACAAACAGUUUUCCCUCUUGAUUAUAUUCUUAUAACAAUUAUCAUUAUGUACUUUAUUUUUACUUCAAUGGCAGGAAUUAGAAAUAUUGGCAUAUGGUUCUUUUGGAUUAGAUUAUAUAAAAUCAGAAGAGGUAGAACCAGGCCUCAAGCACUUUUAUUUCUGUGUAUGAUACUUCUGCUAAUUGUUCUUCAUACUAGCUACAUGAUUUAUAGUCUUGCUCCCCAGUAUGUUAUGUAUGGAAGCCAAAAUUACUUAAUAGAGAGCAAUGUAACUUCUAAUGAUACUAAAGGCAAUACAACCAUUUCUGUGCCAAAGAGAUGUGAUGCAGAUGCCCCUGAAGAUCAGUGUACCGUUACCCGGACAUACCUAUUUCUUCACAAAUUCUGGUUCUUUAGUGCCGCAUACUAUUUUGGUAACUGGGCCUUUCUUGGGGUAUUCUUGAUUGGAUUAAUUGUAUCCUGUUGUAAAGGGAAAAAAUCAGUCAUUGAAGGAGUAGAUGAAGAUUCAGACAUAAGUGAUGACGAGCCCUCUGUCUAUUCUGUUUGACAGCCUUCUGUCUUAAAGAGCCCCAGCUGGACUCCUAAAAUGGAUCAAGAAAAGAUUAUUUCACUACAGUUCAUUAAAGUUGUAAAAAUAAACGUAACUGGUGGACCAUCUGAAAUGGUAGUUUAGCAAUGUUGUUAAACAUUGUUAAAAUGAGGAAUUUCAUCAGAAGAUAAAAUAGUUUGCAAUUAUAUGUAAAUGUAUCUUUGAAUCCUGGCAGCCAAGACAAAAGGAAGACGAUGGAUGAUGACAUUUUUACACUUGAUAGAGGAAAACACUGAGUUUGUGUGAAGAUAAUGUUUUGGGCACUGAAAUUUAGUUGGAAGUUACAUUUUGACUCCUUAUAUAAAGAAAGUUAAUGAGCAAAUGUCUUUGUUAAAGUUUAACUAGAAAGUCAUGUGCAAAGAGAAUUUGGGAUCUCCAGAGGAAAUCUGGUUGGCUCUCAAGAACUCUCCAGAUGGAUUAGCUUUUAUGUACAUCAUUCAUUUAUUUCAGUCAACUAAUACCCAAGUUCCUGCAAAUUCCAGGCACUGGAUAAUGACUACUGAAUUUCUAGGAUGGAAGAAAAUAGCCCCCGUCAGAAUGUGUAGGCAAGUGGCCCCAUGGCAGUAACUGGACUUUUAUCAAUAUCACCAAGAUUUGUAUGUCUGAUGUGAAUAAAUAUACAUGAAACAAAUUAUCAUA